AUGAUUUGCCCAGUGGCAUCCCUUUCGUUUUGGAUGUUACUUGUGUUCGCCCGCUCUGUGCCACUAAUUGACACGUCUUCGUCAACAUUUACAGAUACUGGGGUCACGAUUGACACCUUUUCGAACAGCGGCUUGUUCGGCCCGCCAUUGACAAGGGCCAGCGUACCAGAUACCUCCUUCAUCGCUGCUUCAGAGGAGGGUGUCUCUGCUUAUGUCUACGGCACAGUCUAUUUCCCAUCCAACGGCAGCUGGAUAUUUGAUUGCGCGUUUGUCAACACCGCCGUGGGCUUCGCGUGGAUUGACGGCCACCUCGUUUGUCAGGAUGGCAACACCUACAACGUGUCUGCGGGUGCCGCCGACAACCCCCUCCCCGUGCGGACUGCGGCCGGCGGAAGAGGGCUCGCGAUCCGAGCCCACAUGUACAAGGACGCCGCGCGGGCACGGGAGCCAAUGUCGCUGUCCGUGCGUUGGGGUUUGAACACGUCUUCGAGCAUGGCGGCGAUUCCUUCUGCCGCACUCAGGCCGCACCUUUCAGCAGUGGAGCAGCAGCGUGACAAGCUCCAGGCUUCCUCCACAGCAGGCUGGCGCAAACUCCUGCAUCACAAUGUUCUCACGUUCACUUCGCUUCCUGCUGGGAUUGCAUUCACACCAACAGUGUGUCAAAUCUCGACAAAGACUUGCAUUGAUUUUUGUGUGGCCGACGGCUUGUGGAAGAAGGAAAGUGGUUGUGAUGUACGUGUUGGUCCAUAUGCCAUCAAUGGUAGCUACGGGCAGUUCUUCUUUGGUGGAAGGCAUGGCGAUAACCGAUCAUUUGUCGACGCCAACAUAUCGGUUUCUUUUGCGGCCUAUUCCAAUAAUUCCCUUGCGGUAUCGAUGGAGCUCAUCGAACCGCACCGGAAAAAAAGUAGAGACAUUCUGAUCCGCAUGAAUAGCAGGUUUUUGUGGAACCGAAGUGGUAUUGUGUCUACCGACGCCGCCACAUCCUCGAUUGUGUUCUCGCCUGCUGGCUUGCCCACCUCACGGGUAGCUGUUCUGGCGCCCUUCGUCAAUGCGAGUGUCCCUCGCUCCCCUCUUGGCAGCGAAAAUGACGUGUUCGUAGAGCUUGGGCCUGAACCUUUGUCUGUCGCGGUGAACCUACAGGAUGUCAGCUCCAGCACUGUGGCCGCCAUGAUCGCAGCCGCCAAGGAAUCCCACGCAGCACAGAUGCUCUCUCUCUCUGGCGGAGACCCGCGUUUGGCUGAAUUGGCAACUGCGGUCGAGGCCGCAGUCUCAUGGACAGCUAUAUCUACACCUGCAGAGAACAACGCAGUCCUUUUGCCAGUAUCACGAGGGUGGACAACUGUGCCCCCAAUGGCAGACUUCCGUGCAGACGGCGAGGAUUGGAGCUACGCAAUAUUUGAUUGGGACAACCUCUUCGCAAGCUUGCUAGCUGCUGCGGUGGGAUCAAAGAACAUUGCGUAUUCCAACAUCAUACAAUCUUUCAAGUCAAAGGCCGCUGAGGGAUACUUGGCAAAUUGUGCGGGAGGAGGUUAUAAAAACCAAGACCGGACAGAGCCGCUUGUGGGUGCAAGGGUGCUCCUUGAACUUUUCCGCCGAUACAAUGACACUUGGUUGGUUGAACUCGUAUUCGAUGACGUCCUCGAUUGGGUUGAUUGGACGAGCAGAGCACGUACACGGAAUCAUGGGCUGUAUACGCUCCGGAGUUUCGAUGAGCGGCGGGGUCAACCAGGUGGUAUGCAGUUGGCAAGGUUCGAGUCUGGACUUGACAACUCUCCCAUGUAUGAUUGUGCAAGUGUGGAUCAACAGGACAAUUGCGAUCUCUGGGACAAGUCCAGUGGCACAAUGAUGUUGCUGGAUGUUGGGAUGAGCAGCAUGGCUGCAAGCGAGGCUUACGCAUUGUCAGAGCUGGCUGUUGUGGUAGGACGGCAGGCUACUGCAAAGGAGCUUCGUGCACGUGGUGACGCGUACAGGCAAGCAGUUCAUGAACAGCUUUGGGAUGAAACUCGAGGCGUUUAUGCCAAUCUAGUUCUCACCAAUGGCUCACUCUCAGAACGAGUUUCCCCUACCUCGUUUUACCCUCUGCUCUUGGGGUCACGAGGCAUGCACGACGACGCGCGGGCUGAGGAAAUUGUUCGCAGGUGGCUCACGAACGCAUCUAGGUUCUGCGUCCAGCGGAGAAGCAACGAGUGCUACUGGGGCCUGCCAUCGAUUUCUGCUGAUGAUGACAGCUUCGCAGCAUUAGGAUAUUGGAGAGGCUUUGUAUGGGGGCCCAUGGCACAAUUGGUACAUUGGUCUCUAAAGGAAUUCGACCAUGUCCCAUCAGUAAGGGUAGCUCGCAAAGCACUGGCCCAGCAGAUGAGCGAAAUGUUUAUGAACCAGUGGCGACUCCACGGGCAUGUGUGCGAGAACUACUUGCCGCACAAGAAUGGCACUGAAGUUGACGGAAAGGUCUGGCCAGACGAAUGCACGGGAACGACGUUUUACCAUUGGGGAGCUCUGUCAGGAUUAAUUGAGCUGACAGAGUCUGCCAGCGAAUCGAUAUACAUAUGA